AUGCAAAAGCUUCAUCCUAAUCAAAGAGCAGGUCAAGGACAAAUCAUCAUUCCACAAAAGAAGUUAUAUCGUCAAAGAGCACAUGUUAAUCCAUUUUCGGAUCAUAAUGUCGUUUAUCCAUCAAAACCUGAAUUGAUGGAUUGGCAUUUUCAUUUCCCAUCAAGGAUACCGCCAGGCAAAGAAAGUCUUGCAGAAGGAACUGCUAAAGUAGAAUUCGCGGAUAUUGGUUGUGGAUUUGGAGGACUUCUGUUUUAUCUUGCACCGCACUUUCCCGAUAAGCUGAUGGUCGGCAUGGAGAUCAGAACUUCAGUCACGCAGUAUGUGCAUGAUAAAGUUCAAGUGCUGAGAAAAGCAAGUCAUGCAUUGCAGCCAUCUCAAGAUAACCACGGCGAUACCAGCGAAUCAGCAGAACAAGGAAGUGCCAAUAAGAAGGCACGUCUGGAGGGCGAAGAAGGACCAUCAGAAACGGAGAUAAACACCUCAAUGGUGAAGGAUGCUCCCAAUAUCGCGGGAAGCUAUGAUAAUAUUUCAGCAAUGCGAGUCAAUGCAAUGAAACAUUUACCAAACUUUUUCUAUAAAGGACAAUUAUCCAAGUUGUUCUUCCUUCAUCCGGAUCCUCAUUUCAAACAACGUAAAUCCAAAAAUCGAAUCAUUUCUCCGACUCUUUUGGCAGAAUAUGCGUAUAUUCUACGACCGGAAGGUAUCUUGUACACAAUCACAGAUGUGGAAGAUUUACAUAUUUGGAUGGUGAAGCAUUUGACCGCCUUUCCGCUAUUUGAGAGAAUACCGGAUGAUGAUCCAUUUUUGAAAGAGGACAUUUGCGUGGACGCUGUUUGGAAUGCAACUGAAGAAGGACAAAAAGUUAUCAGAAACAAAGGUAGCAAAUGGUUUGCCGCUUUCAGAAGGAUACGUGAUCCGGAAAAUGAAGAGUCGAUAGAAUGA